AUGGGUGAGGAAUGGGAUUUCAUCCUGUUGCCCUCUAGAGGAAAUUCUGGUGGUAUUAUGGUGAUAUGGAGGACUAAUGUGGCUUCUUUUUCUUUGAUCAAGUCAUUAGACCAGUGUUUCUUGGGAGAGUUGGAGAUUUUCAACAAAAACAAAUGGAUGAUAGCUACAACUUAUGGUAACAGGGAGUACCAAGGUAGAAGAGAUUUGUGGAAUUAUUUUGAUGGUGUGGUUGAACAGGAAACUCCAGCAGUUUUUGGAAGUGAUUUCGACUGCAUAAUUUCACAGGAUGAGAAGAAUGGUGGAAUGAAAUUUUCUUUCUCACUUGGGCCUUUGGAAAUGAAGGUUUUUAUGAACAAUAAUGACUUACAUGAUAUAGGUAUUAUUGGUGCUAAAUUUACUUGGUGUAAUAACAAGAGUGGAAGUGCACGGAUAGUAGAAAGACUAGAUAGAUGCAUGAUGAAUUCUAAAGCUUUGGAGCUGCAACAAGUUCAUAAAUCCAGAUUUCGCAAAUUUGAGGAUGUGUGGAUAUCUUAUGCAGCAGCGACUUCUGUGAUCAAGAAUUCUUGGGCCAAAUUAGAUAAUUUGAGGAAGGAGAUUGAAAAUCUUCAGCAGGAAGAAGCUUCAGAUUUACUGUUUCCGGACAACAAAGCUUUAAUCCUUAGAACCAAAGUCAAGGAAUUCAAUAGUACUCUUGCAAGGUUGAAUACAUGGUGGAAACAAAGGGCAAAAUCCAAGUGGAUGAAGGAAGGGGAUGUGAACACUUCCUUCAUUCAUGCAUUUACUAAUGGAAGAAGAAAUAGAAAUACUAUCAAGAAACUAAGAAAGGAGGAGGGAGAAUUAGUCGAAGACCAAUAUUGUUUAAGAAGAAAUUUCUUUCAGUUUUUUUGUAAGAAAUGGAAAUACAAAGAUUGCAUUCUUGAAUAUUGGCCUAUGAAUGAGAACAUCUUGAAACAUGAAGAAUGUGAAAUCCUGGAUUCUGAAGUCAAGCUAGAAGAAGUUGAAUAG